AUGAGUCAAGUUCCUAUUGUUAAGGCAUUUGAUAUGCCAGAAGAAUUGAAAGAAGAAGUUUUUACUGUGAGUUUAGAAGCGAUGGAAAACUCUAUGUUGGAACGUGAGAUUGCCGCUACUAUUAAGAAGGAGUUGGAUAAGAAAUGUGGCAAAACAUGGCAUGUUAUUGUGGGUAAGAAUUUCGGUAGUUACGUUACCCAUGAAAAGGGAUGUUUUAUUUAUUAUUAUAUCGGUUCGUAUGCGUUUUUAGUUUUCAAAUCAGCUUAA